AUGAUGCUUACAUCAAACAGGAACCGUUCCUGUUUGAUUCCAACAAACUACAACGACUUUUGCGACCGACUCAACCGUGACGUAUACGCCGUCAUCAAAGGCGCCAUUCCGCGUGAUCGCGCAGAGGAAUACGCGGAUGCGUUUUUGAGUUAUAUUGAGGAUUUUGGCCUAGGAUUCAACCGCAAUGACCCAUCAACCGUGAAACAGGACAUGUUACCCGUCAUCAACGAAAAGGGAAUGAUUCUCAACUACGGCAUUACGCAUGAACAAUGGGUAUGGGACAUUUGUGGCGAGCCGGCUGUUAUUGAUGCAUUUGCCAAGGUGUAUGAGGAUGAUGAUUUGAUUGUUUCGUUUGAUGUGGCUAAUGUUGGAUUCGCAAAGUACCUCUUCCAUCCCUCCUGGCUUAGAAACUCCUAG